GUUGGAGAUUCCAUUACAACUGGCGCGAGGAAUACCGUAGUUUGGAAUAACAUUCACCACAAGACUAACAUCAGUGGAGGACCGCAAAAGUUUGGGUACCCAGAUCCCGACUAUCUCAACAGAGUAAAGGAAGACUUAGCUGCAAUGGGGAUAACAGAAGAUAUGCUGCCCGACGAUGCAGACAUUCAAUUUGUAUAG